GUAUGUAUAUAUGAGUGUAUAUACCUCUAUAUAUAUGCCAGGUAAUAUAUGAGUAUAUAUAAGAUACUCAGUAUGUUAGGUACCUGAUAGUUGGGUUGGCGAUGCGAGGGAUGAGGGAAUGGGACCACCAUCGAUUGUUUAUGCAGACGAGAUCAUCAGUAUCAAUCGGCCAAGGACGCGCAGAUCUGGGAAUAUGAAAUCUCGGUAGCCAUUCCUAUCGACAUACAUACAUUCCUACAUAAUUAUAUACCUAUAGGUUGUCACAUUUUGGUUGAGACCUGAGAACAUUCCAAUGUUCCUUCGCGUAAUCACACCGGGACUCAGGUACGGCGCUCAUAUCUCAUUUUUUUUCCCCCUUCCUAUGUACUCAUAGAACCCGCACCGAUGCCUCUCGUUUCAUCUCACCGGGAUUCCAUUGAGACCCAUGUCUCUUCUACCGUGUGGGGGGGCUUUGGACGGGGGCCGCGCAUCCCAGCCAACCCUCGUCCGCCUCCCGCCCCAAAAGAAAGAAAAUUCAUGGCACACGAGAAGACGGGAAGAGAAGAGGAGCCGCGAUAGGGCCGUGAGAAAAACAAACAAGCGUUCCUGGUGGGGAUCAGCUGACCCCUGUUAUCCGAUGACGACAGACAAGGAGAACGAGCCCUUUGGCCGCACACAAUACAAUACCCAACUAUGUAUGUAUGCCCAUACCGACUAUUGCGUGUAUGUAUACAGAAGGGGACAGAAGAAGCCAGCAGCACGCACGCCUCUACCUAACAUAACACACAGCGUUGCGCCGAGAGCCAAAGCGAGACAAGACCCCGAGAAGUGCUUGCCUCUCAAUACGUGGAGCCAUGUGAUGCGCAUUCCGCGCGACCGUCCCGUCCACACCUACGUCAAUACUUGCACUAAUCGUGACAGGUAGCUUACUCUGCUGCUUACGAAGAGGGCGAGCGUGU